UUGUUUUUUCCCCCUACUCCAGUCACUGCCGUUGGUGCAUUACGUAUGCUUGCGAUGCCAAUUUGCAGAGCAAAGAUGUCAAAACUGAUUGGACCGGACGAACAAGGAAUAUUGUUCGCCUGCAGCGGAUGUAUACAAAGCAUUGGGACUCUCUUAUCCCCCGUGAUCUUCAACGCCCUUUAUCCUCUGACCUUGAACGUGUCAUCUGGGUUUGUUUUCGUUGUCAUGGCAAUGACUUUUAUCAUCCCCGUCCUGAUGACCCUCGCUCUUCAGUGGGACGACAGAAAGAGCACCAUCAAAUAUGUAUCCGUCGAGAGCAAACCGAACACCGAAUAACCGGCUUAAUAUGCAAAUGAUGCUAAAAUAAAACGAUGGAUAGAUCACUGCAGCUUUCAGCGUGCAGGAAAAUCCGAAAUCCAAGCAGCAAUACAAGUAACCAGACACAGGGCUAUCCGAAAUCCAGUCGGAUAGGACAAUGAUUAUAACCGGAAAAUGGGGCUCAUAAUGCUAAAUACCCUUUAAAUCUCUGGAUAGAUCAUUGAUUUCAGUAUGCACGAAAUCCAGGCAGAUAUACAUGUACCCAGACAGGACUAACCGGGAGAUACACAAAAAUAAUUUCACCCAUUUGGUUAUACUAGUACAUGAUGGAAUUCGACAGAGCUACCCGAUAUCCAUUCUGAUAAAAGAGUAGUCGGGCCAAGAUAAUAUCCGAAUUCUCGAAUAUAUUGAAUUGGUUAUCCCCAAGACUAUCCACAGGCAAAGCGGAUAUUAAAGGACAAUUCCACCCCAACAACUUGAUUUGAAUAAAAAGAGAAAAAUUCAACAAGCAUAACAGUGAAAAUU